CCGGCGACGUGACAAAGACAGAUGAGAGGAAAAACUCCCCGGGAACGACUGUCCGGCGAGAAAGCGGCCGGAAAGAGCGCGAGGAAACAUCGAACAGAGCGAGGGAACGCGCGCGGAUGAUAGACGUCAUCGAAUUGCCGGGAGCGAAUGACGAGGAUUUGACCGAGUCGGCGAAAUCUAAUUCGUCGUUAGAGGAGAACGAGGAAGGAAGAGAGGAAGCUUCGGAGGUGGGCUUGGAUCAAUGGAUUUCACAGGAUGCCGAAUAUGUGUCGAGAAAGUCUCACAGAGACGUACUGCAGGUCGAGAAACACGCGGGCACGAAAACCGCGACUGAAGCGUCGGAAAGUUCCUCUGAACAUGGCAAAAGCGCAUUCGAAGUCCGGAACACGAGGUCGAAGACGAAAAAAGUGACGACGAGAAAAGAGAAUGAAAGUUGCCGCCGCACUUCGAAGAAAAAUGAAGUGUCCAAUCGUAAUUGUCGUGAAUGUAACCUCAAGAGAAGGAACAGGAGCGUGAGGACAGCGAAUUCGAAGUCGGUAGCUGAAACUCGCAAUAACAUGGGAAGUCGUAAUAAGGAAGACAAGGCUUUGAGGUUUGACAGCAAACAAACGCGCGGACUUCGGAAACGGAUUGUCGAGCUGCGACUGCGGCAAGAACGGGAAGACCUCCAAAAAUAUCUACACGAACUGAAGGACUCAAGACUAGAAUCGGGCUCUACUCGAACGAGCUAUUUCAGACCUUUGGAAUUCCCUAAGAUCGCAGAAUUCACGCAGCCUGACGUGAACGACUGGGAAUCGAAGCCGGACGAUCGGUUUCGGGAGAGAGUUUUUGCGAUUAGGCGUUGGUUGAAGGAUCAAUAUGUCUUGUAUCGCGACUACUGUACUAUGGCGCAAGCGAUCAAUGCCCACUACGUUCCCGCAACGUUGGACGAUGCCAAAAAGACGAUACGCGAACUGCGGAAAACGACGAUUAAGACUAGGUGACGUCGAUUCGCCCACCUGAAACGCAAGAUAUUACCGCACGCGACUCGCUAAAGUCGUUAAAGCGAAUCUAGUCGGAUUUGGAUACUUCGAAAUACUUGAGAUCGCAACGAUCUCAAAAAUUGCGAAGACGCUGUUAACUGCUGAUGCAGCUCAGACGGAAUGGUCGCGACUGGAACGGCUUAAAUCUUCGGUCUGUGAAAUACAAGCGAACGGGAGACAGCU